UAAUACCUGUUAAAAAUCUCUCUGAUGCUUCGUCUGUCACGUGUUCAGACUAAACAGCUUGGUACUCAAGGGAAUUUAACCAGUUACGCAGAAAAUUUAUUGGCGCUUUUCUAAGACCCUCGCUUCAUCGGAACAAUGUCAUAGAAAGGAAUAUUGUCUAAUGUUUGAAUGUUUCAGAGCAAUCUAUUCCUUUCUUUGAGUUUCUUUCCCCCUAAGAAACGUUUGUGGAAAAAAGACGACACCAUCUUCGAAUAAGAGAUUUAUUUCCUCGUGACUUCUUGUUUCGUUCAGGCAUCCCGCUGUCGAAGACAAGUAACUCUCAUCAAGCGCAAUGGGCAUGAAGAUCAACUUCAAAGCUGUUGGACUUUGUGUCGCUAUAGCCUUAUCUUUUGCUCCAAGUGUAUUUGCAGGUCGGUACAUCAUCGGAAAAGAAGAAGAUGAGACGUUGUUGAGUCUGAGCAUUGCAUUUCUGGUGAUCUGUAGCGUGUUUCUGCUGGUCAGCAUUGUGGCAGCCUUAAUGAUGUUUAGACGCACACGUGUAUCCUGUGAAAUUACAGAGGACAUGGAUGUCAGAUAUGAGAGCAUGUAUUCUGGCAAGCAGAAUGGAGAGAACGUGCCGGCACAGUAUGAACAGCUCAAGCUAAGUGAGCCAAGCAAUGGAUUUUAUCAGUCUUUGGACGACACCAAGGAACGUGGUAAACAAAACAAUGGUCAAGAGGACGCCAGCGAGACAGAACUCAAAAACAGGCCACUGAGUUCCUUCCAGAAUCCAGCUUACCAAAGUACUAGCAUGAAUUCUGGGCUGGAUGUAGCUAAAGACUGUGAAACGCCGCUGUAGAGUGGUUCUCGCAAGGGUUUUCCUUUUGCAUUGACAUAAAGGAUGUUUACGUAUUUCAUUUAAUACCGCACAAUUUGCUUUGAGACAAGUACUGUAGGAUGAAAAAUUUUGGCGGACGAAAACUUUAAAUCAAAGCAACAUAUUGAUUUUCAACAUUAAAUGCAUAACUUUCUUAUGUAAGUUUUUGUAGGAGCAGAAUUUUAUUCAGUUUUUGGUGUGAUGUCUGACCUUCCUUAGGUUAUGUAUUAUAUGUACAAGACACAGUUUUGCACAAUAAAGCAUUUAACGAAAGA